AAGUCGGUAUAAUAUCCGAGAAGAAUAACAAUACGCCAAGCCGAGACCCUACUUAAAGUACCACGAGGCCCCAAUGCCGAGGUGAAUUUACUCACUUCCGUCCCUCCUUAGAACAUCAGCAACAUGCAGCCAUGUUCCAACUAAAAGCACUGGUGUGCUCCCUACUGGCUCUCCUGGCCCUGCCUUAUCUGGCCAGCGGCUAUGCAGACCCCGGCGCCUGCUCCGGCCAGUGCUGGACCCACGACCCGGCAGUGGUUCGUCGCGACGACGGCGUCUACUUUCGUUUCAGUACCGGGUCCAAGAUCGGCAUCUGGAAGGCCCCGGCCAUAGAGGGCCCGUGGACGUAUCAGGGUGCCGCCAUCCCUGCUGGUUCGCGCAUCAACCUCCCUGGUCGCGACGACCUCUGGGCCCCUGAGGUGGCCAAAGUUGGCAACCAGUACAUAAUGUACUACACCGUAUCCACAUUCGGCUCGCAAAACUCCGCCAUCGGGUACGCGACAUCCUUCAACAUGGAGUUCAACAGCUGGACAGACCAUGGUGCGACAGGGCUGCAGUCGCGGUCCGGGGACAACUACAACGCCAUCGACGCCAACUACAUCCAGGUGCCCAGUACGGGCGAGCGCUUCCUUAACUUUGGCAGCUUCUGGGGCGGCAUUCACCAGGUGAUACUCAACAGUGCCGGGACGCAGGUGGCCGGGGGCGCGCUCGGUCUGCAGUUCCAGCCGGCCGGCACUCACGCCAGCGAGGGGCCGUUCAUGUUUGAGCGCCAGGGCUGGUACUACCUGUUCUGGAGCGAGGGUACCUGCUGCGGCUUCGACAAGAACCUUCCGGCACCCGGUGCCGAGUACAAGAUCCGCGUCUGCCGGAGCCAGAACUUUAGGGGAACGUUUGUCGACCGCAACGGGGUUGACUGUAGGAACGGCGGCGGCACGACCGUGUUGGAGAGUCAUGGGUUUGUCUACGGGCCUGGAGGCCAGGGUAUCAUGACGGAUCCGAGAAAGGGUACCAUACUCUAUUACCACUACGCUGAUCGUAGAGGUGCCAUCGGUGAUGGUGAUAAGAAGUUUGGCUGGAACGUCGUCAACUGGAGCGGAGGGUGGCCGACUGUUUGAGGGCAUGAGUGGAGCUCGGCUUGAGAAUUCACCGAUAUUUAUGCUGGUAGCACUGCCUACUUCGUCAUCAUCGAUGUCCCCGAAACCUUCUUGUAGCCAAAGGAAGUUUCGUCGGAGCUUUGAUCGGAAUCUGAUCUCUGCCUUUAUUGUGAUGACUCUAUACGAGGGCUCCGAAACUCCCACACCAUAUACCCCAUCCAUGAAAAGAGUACCAUGUACUUGCCGUCCAUCCACAUCAGCGGGAACCGCGUCAAGAUCUCCGGCGACGGCUGUUGAUGCCCUUGCGUUAUUGCAUGACGGAGUGCAAUGGGCGCGCGGUUAGCACCCUUCCACGGUAUCGGGAAUUGGUCGAAGUUGCUAGAACCCUCACCACAGAACAUGGUCGAGUCUAGAUGGCACACUUCCAUGCUAGCGUAAGUCUCUGUGAAGUAGCGGCUGAAGAUCCGAAGGUCCGCGAAAUGAAGCGGGGAUAGAUCCAUGUCUUUCGGUGGGAUAAGCCGAGGGGCCAGAUCCUCAAGGAGCUGGUGCAGACUGGGAUAUUUUCCUAAAUCAGCGUAGGGCCUCUUGUCACUGCUCGUGUCCCCGUGGUUCACCCGCGCCUCUUGUGUUUCGGAAACGUCCCCGCCAAAGGCCGUCUGCAUGCUACAGCAAUCACACCCGCUACGAACCGGGAACCUUCGAUAAGGGACGGAGGUCAAUGGACGAGGAGACAAGUGCGGUAUCCUCUCAGAUGCAAAAGCAGGAGUUAUCACCAGUGGCAAAGAGUGGUGAGAAUAAUAUCUGUCAGGCGGUUCUUGCCAGGUGAUAUAUU